CUAUCCAAUAAGGCCCAAAAGCCACUAUCAAAACGCUGACGCACCAUAAGUUUUAGAAACAACCUGUCACGAUAAUCCUUGGUUGGUGGAAAAUCGAUUACUAGCCCCGUCCGGAGCCAUGGCGUCGCUUUGCUCUGCGAGGUUGAUUCCUUCUCCUUCGCUCGAUUUUCUAGGGUUUCUAUCUCCGACGAAGAUGUCCUCUUCUUCGAUACACGACUCGCGCUCGCUUGUUUGCUUCUCGUCGCGUGCCCAUGGUUUAUCGUCCGUUCGCCGUUCUUUGUCUCUUCAUCGGAACCCGAGCCUUCGGAUGGCUAGAAGAGCGAAUAAUCAGCUUCACGUUGUAGCUAUGGCCCCCGAGGAAGAGAAGCUCACUCGUCGCAAUCCUCUCGAUUUCCCAAUUGAGUGGGAGAGACCCAAACCUGGGAGGAGGCCUGACAUUUUCCCCAAGUUUAGCCCAAUGAAGACACCAUUGCCACCGCCGAUGCCUUAUGAUCCACCAGAAGAAGACGAAGAAGAGGAAGAGAAGAAAGAAGAGGAAGAAGAAAACCCAAACCAAGAAGAAGAGGAACAACCCGAGAAGCAGCAAUAGAUCUAAAAGCCUUUCUGUUUCGAGUUUUGUAGUGUUUUUUUGGAGGAGCAAAAAGAAGAAUCAAUCUUUCUCACAUUUAGUUGCUAGAUUUAAAUCUCAUACUCGUGUACUAUAUUUAUGUAAUGCUACAGUUUCUUAAACAAUCAUUUACGCUAUCCUUCAUAACUUA